GCUUCCGCCCACUACAACAUCUCUGGCCUUCCUAUUAUCUCUUUUUCCCUUUCUUCAUAAUCCAAGUGGCAUUAGGUCUUCAUCGAAGGGAGAUACGAAUUGGCGGGAUUAGGGACAAAUUGCGCCUCCCUCUCCUCGGCUCUAUCUGCAAAAUACCCAAGGUCCACAUCGAAACCAGCGAUAUGGUCUUUUCGUGACCACUUGUCCUCUGAAUCCUGCCGAGAACCGACAGCCUUCCAUCGUCAGACAUGGGUGGCUCGUUUUCGAAAUACUUCACCAACCUCAUUUGGGGGAAGAAAGACAUCAGGAUUCUGAUUCUUGGUCUUGACAAUGCUGGCAAGACCACCCUUUUGUAUAGACUCAAGAUUGGCGAGGUGGUCACCACGAUACCGACCAUUGGAUUCAAUGUGGAGUCCGUUCAAUAUGGCAACCUGAACUUCGAUGUCUGGGACUUGGGGGGACAGACAUCGAUAAGACCCUAUUGGAGAUCAUACUACGCCAACACCGCGGCCGUCAUAUUUGUCAUUGAUUCGACCGAUAUUGAACGAUUAGAGAUCGCCGCGGACGAACUAAGUUCGAUGUUGAACGAGGACGAACUGAAAGAUGCGGCUUUAUUGGUGUUUGCCAACAAGCAAGAUCAGCCUGGCGCACAAGGAGCCGGUGAGAUCUCUGAGGCUUUGAAAUUGGGCGAGCUGAGAGACCGGAAUUGGAGUAUCGUUGCCUGCUCGGUGAUCGAUGGUAAAGGGAUCAAUGAAGGCAUGGACUGGCUUUCUCAAACUGUGCAAUCAGAAUCAUGAUGUGUCUGUUAAAAUAUACCCAUGCAUCAAUGUGGCGCGUUCGAGAGCAUCAAUAUCAUUUUACUUCUGGCCCAUUCAAGAGCAUUCAACUGCGCAACUCAAUUGUGUAGGUGUCCAGGUUGGGUUGGGUCCGCCAAAUGAAACGUAUACAAUCCUGCUCAGUUACAUACGCCAUGAAUGCAGCGAUCUCUUUGGUAUAGGGGAUCUUGACGACAUCAAGUCGAGCUGGGCUGGUUGCGCUGAGACUCAACUUUCCUUCUCAGAAUACCAGCAUGCCUCGCUUUCCACCGAGGUAGGUCAGUUGGAGGCUGCGGUGGCGUGAAAGUCAGCGGUCAGAGAUGGCUGUUCGAGGGUCGGAGUCUUGUUUUGGACCGGAAAGGUCUAUAGGCAGCUCCCAGAUACAGAGAGACAGACCGUAUUGGUCAUGAGUAGGAUUAGCACUUGAGAAGCGUCGUUCGUGAUCGUGUAGCAUAAACUGCUUGGUGACUGAGAAAAUGCUUAGGAGUUGAACGUGCGGAGAAGAGCAGCCCGCAUCCGCAGAUCUAGACUCC